CGGCUGUGAGCUGUGACUGGAUGAGCGCAAGAAUCUCCAGAGUACAUUUUUUCUGUGCCUGUGACGGUUGGUCAAAGUGGUCACUUCCUCGGUAGGCCGCCAGCAAGCAGGAUGACCACGCUGGAGGAGCAGCACCAUGAGACGGUGGAGCAGACACAGGGUACAGAGGGCGCUGUGGAGGUGAGGCGAUUUGGGCUGCUUCGCACCGUGCUGCGGGGGUUCUUCUGGCCGUUUGGCAUCGUGGUCGGCGCAUACCGUGGUUUUUGGUGGGUUUUGGGGUUCAGGCAGACUGCCAGAGUUUCACCUGCAGUCUCAAGUUCUGCACGUCAGUGCCUCACUGGUCACAAGCGCCUGCAUCCAAUCACUCGCCUGCUGCUCAAGAUCCUGCCCCGUUGGGCGCAAGGUUUCCUUGGCUUUCCUGUGUCCACUGCCAUCGGCUGCUCCCUCUCCCCCGAAAUAAGUGUCUCUCCCACCAAACCUUGCGGGAAGGGCAGCAAGAGGAAGCAGGAUGACUUGGAGGAUGAUGAUGAGGAAGAUGAGGAGCACCAGACCUGGGUUGAGGCACUCACUCAGGAGCUCGAUGACGAAGGUCCCGAGAAAGAUCCAGACUACGAGCCCAGUUCUGUCGAGACUGAGAGUGAAGAGUAUCGCUCUCACAACAGCACCGAGAGCGACGAGUUCUACAAUAACGGUGUUAUUGAAGACGUGGAGACGGGUGAUCAGCUGCCUUCGCCUUAAAUUGUUUACCUUGCUGUGAUGUCAUAUUUUGUAUUUUUCUAAAUCACAAUAAAAUGUAUUGAGUUUAA